ACUUUCGGAGCUGUCCUCUGUUCUGGAAUUCGUAACCCUAGGUUUCGUAUACGCUGCAGGGUUUCUUUGCAGGCCUCGACCUUAAACAUAUCUUUGGUGUAUUUCGAGAUCGGAUCGCAAUAUUGAGCAUUAAACCCUAGAUUUUGUGAUUAGUGGUGACUGUUUGCGUAGGUUGGAGAUCUAUUGGGUUGUAGCAGACGAUCUCUGGUUUUGGUUAUUUACCGUGUUGAUCUCCUUGUCAAGGAUGUCUAGAUGCUUUCCUUAUCCUCCUCCGGGAUAUGAGAGAAAGAGUGGUGGCCUGGACGAAGCCCUGAUUAAUUCGAUUAAGCUCCAGAAAAAAAUAGAGAAGGCCAAAAAGGAAAAGAAGAAAGAGAAGAAGAGGGAGAAGAAAGAGAAGGAGAGAGAGAGGGAUAAAGCCAGGGAGAACAGAGGUGUUGACGAUAAAAAACAGAAACAUGAGAAGAAGCACAAGAAUGAAAGGGGCAAGGUAGAACAUGGGGUAGGAGAUCAUCCGAAAAGAAUAGAAGAGGAAGCUGAACAAUUGGAGAAAAGCAGCCUCACUGAAGAACAUGGGCAGCCUAUCAGUUCCCAGAACUUGUAUGACUCUACUGACAGCACCCAGAACAGCCACAAGAGGAAAAGGCAUAGCUCGCCAUCUGAUGGCAGCCAUUCUAAUCAUGGGAGCAUUUUUCGCAUCCGUUUGAAGCAGAAGGAUCAGGAAAUACUCCCCAGCAAAGAGCUGCCCCGUCCAAAUUCUGUCAGGGCUGAUCACAUUUUGCAAGGGAAGUGUGAAAUUCCUCAGAGACUUGGUGAAGAGAAGCAUUGUUCUACCUCCGGAAGGGAGCAGCAAUUUUCUACUUCUGGAAGGACUCCCAUUGGUAGGCUAGAGAGUUUGAAACAGAAGGAUAAAGAAAUACUCAGCAACCAGAAGUUGCCCCGAUCAAAUUUGCAUGGAAAGUAUGAAAUUUGUCCAAAAAUUAGUGAAGUGCAGCAUUGCUCUACCUCAAGGACUACUACUAUUGUGCAAGAGAGUUUGAAACAGAAGGAUAAAGAAAUACUCAGCAACCAGGAGUUGCCCCGAUCAAAUUUGCAUGGAAAGUAUGAAAUUUGUCCAAAAAUUAGUGAAGUGCAGCAUUGCUCUACCUCAAGGACUACUACUGUUGUGCAAGAGAGAUUUGCAAACGAUCCAAAGCCCAGUGAAGAGCAGAUUUGUUCUACCUCAGGAAGAACAGAUGUACAAGCUCCGGAGAUUGUGGAAAGUGCUCGUAAAUCUGGCAGUAAACUAAAGAAGAUAGAAUCUCUAUAUAGAGAUUUGAUUGAAAACUGGGUUCCACCUCCUAUUGAGAAUAAUGGUACUGAUUUCGAUGAUCAAGAAUGGCUCUUUGAGACAGUCUCUAAAUCAGAGUCUGAGCCAAAAAGAUUUAAACCAAGCAAUGACGGAGUAUGUGAAGGAAGCACUAGUAUCUGGCCACAAGCCUGUUACUUGCCUGAGGCUGAUAUCUAUGUGUUGCCAUAUGCAGUUCCUUUCUGAGUCUAGUUCUCUCUGAAAGCUGUUCACAUAGGCAUUG